AAGAGGAGCUCCACCCCUGAUUUGACAGCAAGAGCCUGCUGCCCGGCUGCCUGUGCAGCAGUGAGCCGUGGACGGGACUUCGGCGAGAUGCAGGCCCCGGGGGGCCCCAGCCCUGGGCAGACGUGCGUGUUGACCCUCAUCUUCACAGUGCUCCUGCAGUCCCUCUGUGUGGCGGUGACCUACAUGUACUUCACCAGGGAGCUGAAGCAGAUGCAGGACAAGUACUCCCAAAGCGGCAUCGCUUGUUUCUUAAAGGAAGAUGAUAUUCCUUGGGACCCAAAUGAUGAAGAGAGUAUGAACAAUCCUUGCUGGCAAGUGAAGUGGCAACUCCGUCAGUUUGUUAGAAAGAUGAUUUUGAAAACCUAUGAGGAAACCAUUCCUUCAAUUCCAGAAAAGCAGCUAAAUAUUCCUUACGUAGUAAAUGAAAGAGGUCUUCAGAGAGUAGCAGCUCACAUAACUGGAACCAGUCGGAGAAGAAGCACGUUUCCAGUUCCAAGCUCCAAGAAUGAAAAAGCUUUGGGCCAGAAAAUAAACUCCUGGGAGUCAUCAAGAAAAGGACAUUCAUUCUUGAGUAAUUUGCACUUGAGGAAUGGAGAGCUGGUUAUCCAUCAAAGUGGGUUUUAUUACAUCUAUUCCCAAACAUACUUUCGAUUUCAGGAACCUGAGGAAACUUCGGGACCAAUUUCAAAGGAACAAAACAGAAAGAAAAACAAACAAAUGGUACAAUAUAUUUACAAAUACACAAGUUAUCCUGACCCUAUACUGCUGAUGAAAAGUGCUAGAAAUAGUUGCUGGUCUAAAGAUUCUGAGUAUGGACUCUAUUCCAUCUAUCAAGGUGGGAUAUUUGAGCUUAAGGAAAAUGAUAGAAUUUUUGUCUCUGUAAAUAAUGAGCAAUUGAUUGACAUGGACCAAGAAGCCAGUUUUUUCGGGGCCUUUUUAAUUGGCUAAAUAAUCUGCAAAGAAAAAAGUGACCAUUCACAGCAAAGCAAGAAGUCUGAGCAAAUCCACUUCUACCAAAAGACCGGAAAAGCAACACACACCUCUCUAAUAUUUCUGAAAAUGACCAAGUCAUUCUAAGAUAGCGAAAUGGCCUAAAGACCUUUCAGGGCUCUACCAGAUACCAGUUUGCUAGCAGAAAUCUAGAAGAUUCUGUUUCCAAACACUUGUGUAGCAAUAAACAGCUGUCUUCAUUAUCUACUCUUGUGAAGAUGCUAGAAGAAAGAUUAAUGAUCCAUAUCUUUUUUUAUGGAGGCUUCACAGCCAGUGUGGAGCCCAACAUGGGGCUUGAACUCAUGACCCUGAGAUCAAGAGUUGGACACUUAACCAACUGAGCCAUCCAGAUGCCUAAUGAUCCAUCUCGUAAGUAGUAUAUCACCUUGGUCGCUUCCAGGUUACCAUAAGGGACAACACUGCCAAAGUUGAAAAAGGGGGAACCACUAAAACCUCACAAUCUUGGGAGGUAGCCUCUGUCAAUAUAUGCGGUGUGCAAAGGGUGUUUGCAUUGUGCAUGACCUCACAGGAGGUAUCUCAUACAUCUGGAUUUGAUGCAAAUAAGAACAUUCUACUCAAAAUAAUAUCACUUUGUAUAAAAAAAAACAAACUAAAUUUAUGCUCAGUGAACAAGGAACUAUUUGUGAAUGGCUUGUGCUUUUCACUACCAAAAAUCAAGCCGGCCAAAAGCACUGAUAAUAUUUUUGAUAAAGGACUCUAUGAUGAGUAAACAGCUAAUGAGAAAUCAGGGAAUUCGGUCUCAUGGGAGCAGGAGGAGACAUGGGAAAGUGGAAACGCCAAACACAGGUAAAUUAGCAGAAAAGAGCCUAAGAAAGAUCUGGUCCCCCGCCCCUCACCCUCCUACCCCAUCCUCCACUCCCAAUGUCAUUGUCUAGCAUACCUGCUUAAGGUCAUUUCGGUGAUUUGCCUCUGCGAGAAGAACAGCAGUUGCUUUUUUCUGCCAACAUUAUGACACAAAACAUUUUAUUUCACAUUUAAUCUAACCAGUUGGAGAAAAAAAUGAGUUGGACUAUUUGUCUAAUCUCUUCUAAUUAUUGUCCUUAACACAACACAAUUUAUACUUUGGGGUCGCAUGCUCAAACGUUCAUUUAAACGUGUCUGAUCCAAUAGGUCUUUUUCAAAAAGGCUCAUUUAGAUUUAAAUUUACAACAUGCUACAGAUACCUGGCACGUCUGGCCCUUCUUACUCUAUUUUCUAUAACACUAGUUAAGUUUUUACGUACUGACAAAUUGACUUAUUUGUUAUUCUGUCUUUUGAAACCUGCCUCCUCUCACCAGAGUAUAAGCAUUGUGAUAGCAGGGAAUGUUGGGUCCUGCUCACAUCUGUGACCUCAGUACCUGGACAGACCCUUCCCAUAGUACCCACACGAAAUAUAGUUGUGAAUAAAUGAGUGACUGAGUGAACGAAUACCUAAUCAGGUGGGGAAAAAAUUUUUAAAACGUCCACUGCCUCAUCCCUCAUACUGAAAAAAACUUGGAGGAAUUUCAAAAGUAAUCCCAAAGUGAGGAAAACCGUUUAUUUUUUUAUUUUUUUCAAGAUCUGAUUUUUGACCCAGCGUGUGGAUUAAAAGCCACACGCUCCCCAACUGAGCCGCCAGAAGCCCCGAAGACCUUUUAAACAAGGGUUUAAAACUCAAAGAAAAAGACUGUAACAUAAAACCUUGAAACGAAAGAGAAAAUUAAUGUUUACUCUAUAUUUUUAUACUAAAAUGUUAAGACGUUACUUUUUCAAUAAAAAUGACAUGUUAAAAUGUGCA